CAUUAAUACGAGACAAACAAAUUAUAAAAUGAAGAUCAUUUUAUUAAUUGCUGCGUUCGUAUGUUGCGCAUUGGCCGCACCUACCACUGCACCUGAUGUUUAUCGGGAGGAGUUGAUCAAACGUGGCGAGGCGUUGGAGGCCAGGGUGCAAAAGAGUAUUGCCAAGCUGAUUGCCGAGGACCGUGGUCAUUUGGCCGCUGAGCUCAAGGAGGAGGAGACUAGGGUCGAGGCGCUCAUCAAUGAGCUCAAGACUACGAGUCCCGGACCCGAGGCUCUCAGGCUAUUGGAGGAGGAGAUUGUGAGGGUUGAGGACCGCGUGACUCAAGAGGAGAAAUUUAUUGAGAAAGAGACCCAGACACAAGAUGAGCUGUUAAAAGACGCCAAAAUACUGCAAAACUACGUCACCCUAGAGUUGGCCGUUCUGGCCAACGUGACCGGACCCGAUCGGGAAAAGGCCCAACUCAUGGCCAAAGCCCUGCGCAAAGAGGAGCACCGGCUCGAGCAGAUGUGCCAGGAGUUGAUCAACGCUCAGACCCCUAGACGUAUCGCUGAGCUUGAGGUAGAGGUGCGCGUGAUCGAGGUGCACAUUGUCGAGAUACUGCGCUACGCUCAUUUCGUGCCGCCCACACCCGCACCGGGACCGGUCACCCCAGGACCUACCCACUCGAUGCACACUGUGCCCGGCACUGUGCCAUCAGUCUAA